AUGGACUUCUUGCUCGCUCUCGGCUUACUCGGCGGGGCCUUCGCCGCCCCAGCCCCUUGCACGCCAAUUGACCGCGGCGCUUUUGACAUGCCGUUGCAGUGGACGCCAUAUGGUUUCGCGACCAACACCAUCUCGGUGGGCACACCGGCCCAAAGCAUGGACUCGUUCGUCGACUGGACCUGGAUCGGCCAGUACGUCUUCACUCCGCGCUGCCAUGGCGACCUAUCCAGGACAUCCGAGUGUCUCCAGCCUGACCAGAUGCUCUUUGACCAGAGGGAGUCGAGAACCUUUGUCAACCAGUCGCACCUGUACCCAGACCGCCACUGGAACCCGAACCACUUCUACUUCCACGAUGAUCUCUCCAUAGGCUUCGGCUCCGACAUGCUCCGGGUGGGCAACACAAAGUCCCGCGUCACGCUUCAGAUGGCCGACAUGCGCUUCAAGCUCGACUCUGCCUACCCGUUUGGUGGCGUCUACGGCCUCUCUCCCGUUUUCGCCGGCUACGACAACGCUUCCACCCAGUCCCCCUUCUACCAAACCUGGCGGCAGGGCGGUUAUCCCGAGCCCAUCACCUCGUUCCAGUACUGCUACAACAGCACGUUUGGCAACCCGGUCCCGGACCGCUCGCGCUGCAACGACAACGAUGGCCUCCAGACACUGGGCGGCCUGUCUCCGGCGUUGACGGAGCUCGGCGACACCGAGGCGCAGGAAGCCAUCUUAUGGUACGACAACAUUUUCUUCCCACUCGUCAACGACGUCGACUUUGAGUACGACCCGCCCCUGUACAACUACUGGGCCACCCGCGUCACCAAGCACCUCAUCGGUGACGAGGAGCAGACCCUCAACAAGACGUACGGCGGCAACCCAGCCGCCAUCUGGGACCACGCUAGCUACGGCCGCGGGCUCCCCAUGUCGGUGAACAGCUACCACCGGCUCAUUCAUCUAACCGAGGCACAGCCCAUCAUCCUCGACGAGGUGGACAAGCCCAACAACGGUAACCAGUCCUUUGCGUCCGUCGACUGCAGCCGCGUCGACUCGUUCCCUAGCGUCAAGUUUCAGUUCGAGGGCCACGAUCACGUUUGGGAGGUCAUCCCACAGAACUACGUGGACAGGAUCUCCCCGGCCAACGCGAGCGAGCCCGUGUGCGUCCUCAAUGUUCGCACGCUAGCGGACGGCGAUUUCGUGAUUGGAAACUUUGGCGACACUUUUGCCAAGGACAAGGUCGUGCUGUUUGACUUUGAGGAGAUGAAGGUCGGACUAGCCGAUAUGCCAGGCUUAAACUAA